AAGUAUGGAGGCGUCGGCGGAGAGAAGCGUCAUUUGGUGAAAACACAGAGGCCGCGGGGAGGGGGGCUGGGAAACGAGAGCGCACAAUAAACGGAAGAAACUGGCGGCGGGCAGUGCUCGCGCCCUCGACCUUCUUCGCGCCGCUGUGAAAUGAGGCUGACAUGGGCGCCAAAGAGUCGAGGAUAGGGUUUCUCUCGUACGACGAGGCCGUCCGGAGAGUCACUGAUGUCGAGCUUAAGCGGUUGAAAGAUGCCUUCAAGAGGACAAGCGGACUGUCCUACUACAUGAACCAGCAGUGCUUCUUCAGGGAGGUACUGGGAGAUGGUGUGCCGCCCAAGGUCGCAGAGGUGAUCUAUAAUUCGUUCGGUGGCACUUCCAAAGGGCUACACUUCAACAACCUCAUUGUGGGUCUAGUUCUGCUGACAAGGGGACGAGAUGAGGAGAAAGCCAAAUAUAUCUUCAGCCUUUUCGCCAACGAGUCAGGCAGCUAUGCCACGCGGGAAGACAUGGAGAGUAUGCUGCGGGCUGUGGACGGUGAAGUCCCGCCUUGCCUCAGGAAAUGCUUCACUGAGGGAGAGAAAGUCAAUUACGAGAAGUUUAAGACCUGGCUCCUGCAGAACAAAGACGCUUUCACCUUCUCGCGCUGGCUGCUCUCUGGAGGCGUGUGUGUCACACUGACAGACGACAGCGACACACCCACCUUCUACCAGACCCUGGCCGGAGUCACACACUUAGAAGAAUCAGACAUCAUUGACUUGGAGAAGCGCUACUGGCUGCUGAAAGCGCAGUCAAGAACGGGACGCUUUGACUUGGAGACUUUCGUCCCGCUAGUUUCUCCUCCCAUUCACGCAUCGCUAAGUGAAGGAUUGUUUCAUGCUUUUGAUGAGAACCGUGACAAUCACAUCGACUUUAAGGAGAUUUCUUGUGGCCUUUCGGCUUGUUGCAGGGGACCUGUAGCAGAAAGACAGAAAUUUUGUUUCAAAGUGUUUGACGUCGACCGGGAUGGGAUCCUCUCUCGAGGUGAGAUCCAGGAGAUGGUCAUCGCUCUGCUGGAGGUGUGGAAGGACAAUCGCACAGACUCCCUCCCAGAGUUGCAUGCAAACGUGUCUGACAUUGUGGACGAAAUUUUGAAAAUGCAUGAUAAUACAAAGAUGGGACACCUGACCCUGGAGGACUACCAGAUCUGGAGUGUAAAGAGCGCUCUUGCCAAUGAGUUCCUUAACCUGCUCUUUCAGGUGUGCCACAUUGUCCUAGGCUUGCGGCCUGCCACGCCAGAGGAGGAGGGUCAAAUCAUCAGGGGCUGGCUGGACAGGGAGAGCAGACAUGGUCUCCAACCAGGGCACAAUUGGUUCCUCAUAUCCAUGCAGUGGUGGCAGCAAUGGAAGGACUAUGUGAAAUACGACAACCGGCCGAUAGUGGUGGAGCAGCCCUCCAUCCUCGGUUCAGGGAGGAGCCCUCCAGCUACCGAGCCAGCUACAGAGAGGAGUGGGAUCAGCAGCUCCUUCAGCUCCUCAGAGGAUAGGUUCUCAGACAAUGUGUCCAGCGCAUCUGAGGCCUCAGAGAGCACCAACAGCAGUCUGAUUCCCUCAAGUUCCACAGCCACUGACAUCUGCUUCGCACGACAGCACAAUGCCUCUGACAACAACAACCAGUGCUUCCUGGGGGCUAAUGGCAACACACUCCCACAUCUUGCAGUGCAAAGACCUGGGGCCAUCGACAACCAGCCCCUUGUUACCCCGGAGCCCAUGAAGGCCCCCACACUGACCAUGGAGGGUGGCCGACUGAAGCGAUCACCACCCUUGAUUCCAGGCCGGGAUUUUGAGACCGUUCCAGAGCCAGUGUGGAGGGCACUUUACCAUUGGUACGGUGCCAACCUAAGCUUACCUCGGCCGGUGAUCAGACAGACUAAGACUCAAGAGCCCGAACUGGAACUGUACCCUCGAUACCUCCUCUUCUUGCGGCAGCAGCCAGCCACCCGCACCCCCCAGUCCAACAUUUGGGUCAAUAUGGGUAUGACCAGCCUGCGAAUGUUCCCCCAACACCUUCCCCGAGGAAACGUGCCGUCCCCCAAUGCCCCACUGAAGCGUGUACUGGCCUACACGGGAUGCUUUAGUCGCAUGGACACCAUCAAGGACAUCCACGGCUACCUGUCUCAGAGGCUGCGCAUCAAGGAGGAGGACAUGAGGCUGUGGCUGUACAACAGUGAGAAUUACCUUACCCUUCUUGAUGAUGAAGACCAUACUUUGGAAAGUCUGAAAAUUCAAGAUGAGCAGCACUUAGUUAUUGAAGUUAGGAACAAAGAUAUGAGUUGGCCUGAAGAAAUGUCCUUCAUAGCAAACAGCAGUAAAAUGGACCGACACAAGGUCCCAACAGAGAAAGGAGCCACAGGGCUGAGCAACUUGGGCAACACGUGCUUCAUGAACUCCAGCAUUCAGUGUGUGAGCAACACAAAGCCCCUGACCCAGUACUUCAUAUCUGGCAGACACCUCUACGAGCUCAACAGAACCAAUCCAAUCGGGAUGCGAGGACACAUGGCGAAAUGUUAUGGCGAUCUGGUUCAGGAGCUUUGGAGUGGAACCCAGAAGAAUGUAGCACCGCUGAAACUCAGGUGGACAAUAGCAAAAUACGCCCCAAGAUUCAAUGGCUUCCAGCAGCAGGACUCCCAAGAGCUGCUGGCUUUUCUGCUGGAUGGGCUGCAUGAGGACCUUAACCGAGUCCAUGAAAAACCCUAUGUGGAGCUAAAGGACAGUGACGGACGGCCGGACUGGGAGGUGGCAUCUGAGGCCUGGGAGAACCAUCUGAGGAGGAAUCGAUCCAUCGUGGUAGACCUUUUCCAUGGCCAGCUCAAGUCCCAGGUUAAGUGCAAGACCUGCGGCCACAUCAGCGCCCGCUUUGACCCCUUCAACUUCCUGUCCCUUCCCCUCCCCAUGGACAGCUCUAUGCACCUAGAGAUCACAGUAAUUAAACUGGACGGUUCAACACCAGUGCGGUACGGGCUCCGGUUGAACAUGGAUGAGAAGUACACGGGUCUGAAGAAGCAGCUCAGUGAGCUCUGCGGCCUCAAAGCAGAGCAGCUUCUUCUCGCUGAGGUCCACUUGUCUAACAUAAAAAAUUUUCCGCUGGACAACCAGAAAGUGCGACUUUCGGUGAAUGGCUUUCUUUGCGCCUUUGAGAUCCCCGUGCCUGGAUCACCCACCUCUGUCUCUUCCCCCAUGCAAACUGAAGUGCCACCCCUAACCAAUGGCACAGUUUCCAUAGCAACCAAUGGCAUUGCUCCUCGCACCACUCUGAUCCCCAACGGCAUGCCGAGUACCGUGGUGCCCUGCGGGACAGAGAGGUCCCUGCCCAAUGGGAUCCCCAAUGGCCAUGUGGCUCCACUGCAGGAUGGCCCUUUCACUGGCUACAUCAUUGCCAUGCACAGGAAGAUGAUGCGAACGGAGCUGUACUUCUUGUCCUCUCAGAAGAACCGGCCCAGUCUGUUUGGCAUGCCUCUCAUUGUACCUUGCACAGUUCACACAAGGAAGAGGGACCUCUACGACGCAGUGUGGGUGCAAGUAUCCCGGCUGGCCAGCCCACUACCCCCACAGGAAGCCAGCAACCAUGCACAGGACUGUGACGACAGCAUGGGCUACCAGUACCCCUUCACACUCCGCGUGGUGCAGAGGGAUGGCAAUUCAUGCGCAUGGUGUCCGUGGUACAGGUUCUGCCGAGGCUGCCCUGUGGACUGCUGUGACGAGCGGGCCUCCCUGGGCAAUGCCUACAUUGCUGUAGACUGGGACCCCACAGCACUGCACCUGCGCUACCAGACCUCCCAGGAGAGGAUUGUGGAGGAACACGCCAGCGUGGAGCAGAGCCGUCAGGCCCAGGCUGAGCCCAUCAGCUUGGACAGCUGCCUGCGGGCCUUCACCGGUGAAGAGGAGCUGGGUGAAGACGAGCUCUACUACUGCUCUAAGUGCAGGACACACCGCCUGGCAACUAAGAAGCUGGACUUGUGGAGGCUGCCACCAAUCCUGAUAGUCCAUUUAAAGAGAUUCCAAUUUGUCAACGGGCGUUGGAUCAAGUCCCAGAAGAUUGUCAAGUUUCCCCGGGAGAACUUUGACCCAAGUGCUUUUCUGGCACCGAGGGAGGUGGAGCAGACCCUGCAGGGGCAGGUGGAGUGUCAAGGGGAGGACCCAGUAAAACCAGAGAGCAGUGACAUGGUGACAGCCAUUUCCAUCCCUCCCCCAGCCUCACAGUCCAACAGUGCUAAAGCCUCCCCCAGCUCUGGGAAGAAAUCUGGAACCUCACUGAGCAGAGGCAGCAGCCCUAACAGCAGUCCCAAGAGCGGGGGUCGAAAGCAGGUCCGCCUGCGUCUCCCCCAACUGGGCAGCCGGCAUCGUCUGUGCAGCAGCAAGGAGAACCUGGACAGCAGCAUCCGUGAUGGCUCCUCUGAACCCGAGCAUAGCACCUCCGAGACAGAUGGCCCUGGUGCUGGGCUCACGUCUGAGGGCAGCAGUCUGGAGUCCUGGUCAGUAGAGGCCGGUGGCGGUGGAAGCAGAGACUGUGACAUGAUCAUGGUGAACGGGCUGGGGCAGGACAGCAGCCAAGCCAAUGGCCACACGGAUGCCAGUGGAGACACAGAAGCCUCUCAACACCAAAGAGAAGACAUCUAUGUGGAGCCCAUAUACAACUUAUAUGCAAUAUCAUGCCAUUCAGGAAUCUUGGGAGGGGGCCACUAUGUGACAUAUGCCAAAAACCCAAAUGGAAAAUGGUACUGUUACAACGACAGCAGUUGUAAGGAAGUGCACUCUGAGGAAAUAGACACGGACUCUGCCUACAUCCUCUUCUACGAGCAACAGGGAGUGAACUAUUCGCAGUUCCUGCCAAAGACGGACGGCAAGAAGAUGGCCGACACCAGUAGCAUGGAUGAAGACUUUGAGUCCGACUACAAGAAGUACUGUGUCCUCCAGUGAGCACAAAGAGAGCCCUCCCUCAUCAACAAGAACUGCGCUGCUGUGGGAACAGCGUGGUGUACACCGCCAGAAACACCUGUGUUUCACCUGUAGACAAACCGAAGCACAAAGUGACCCCCCCCCCCC